UUCGUAUUGAAUUAAGUAGACAGUGUUUGAGUAUACAUUGAGUCAACAUGAAUACAUCAAGUGUUAUCCUCGUUUUUUGUGCCUUGGCUAUUACCAUGGUGGUUGGUAAUCAUGAAAAAUUUCAUGAAGCUAUAGCAAAAUGUAAAGAAGAGCUUAGUAUUGAUGAUGAAAUGUUUGAAAAUCAUAAAAAAAAUCACUUCAUAAGUGAAGAUCCUAAACUAAAGUGUUGGGGAGCAUGUCUUAUGAAGAAAAUGGGAACGAUGACAAAUGAAGGCGUUGUCAUGAAAGAAAAGGCUAUCGAAAUGAUCCCCGCAGAUAUGAAGAAUCGUGAUAAACUCAUGGAAGCAAUUGAAACUUGCUCUAUCAAAUCUGGUGCUGAUGAAUGUGAAACUGCAUCCAUGGUGCAUAAAUGCAUAAAGGAAAAAAUGCCGGAACGCCCCCAAAAACCAGAUGGUAACUAAGAACUCAAUAAACAUAUUUAACAAAUG